UGGGAGAGUCCACGCUUGGAGAAAGUAGGUUAGCAGGGUAGACUGAGAGGGAAGCAGGCGGAGAGUCAGAUCGCAGAGGGGGGGUCCGAUCACCGGUCGUCCACCCUGGGACUAUUCUGUCAAAAAAAGUUGAGCAAAAUCUCUUCGCCAGUGCGCCGACACGGUUACGAUGCGACCCGGAGAGACUUUAUUCACUCUUUUGUUUUGGUCGCACUUGACCGAGCGAUAGACGAGCGGAGUUUCGGGUAGUUCUUUUCCUUUUUCUUUUUUUCUUCUUUUUGUUUUCUUUAGUCGGGCUUUACGAAAGCUGUCUGCAAAGUUCAUAUUUACAGAGCCAGUUGACCGUGUCUCCAGCGGUGUAGUCACCUACAUUAACCCCAUGUAGCCGGGUGUUUUUUUUAACCUUCAGCCAAGAGAAAGAAAACAUCAAAAUGAGAGCUCAGAUCGAGGUCAUCCCCUGUAAGAUCUGUGGGGACAAGUCCUCAGGAAUCCACUAUGGAGUCAUCACCUGCGAAGGCUGCAAGGGUUUCUUCCGUCGCAGCCAGCAGAACAACGCGAUGUACUCUUGUUCCCGCCAGAGGAACUGCCUGAUCGACCGAACAAACCGGAACCGCUGCCAGCACUGCCGUCUACAGAAGUGUCUGGCUUUGGGCAUGAGCAGAGAUGCGGUCAAAUUUGGUCGUAUGUCCAAGAAGCAGCGUGACAGCCUCUACGCUGAAGUGCAAAAGCACCAAAAGUCCCAGGAGUGUGUGGGCGCCACGGCUGUGUCCAUACCCAAUAAGGACGGUGUCUGUGGAGGGGAGGAUCGUGAAGAGGGUCUGAGCCGGUCCUACAGCAGCGGGGGCUCCAGCUCCACCCUCAGCGACCUGGAUGACAUCGCAGCGCUGCCUGACCUGUUUGACCUGCCGCUGACCCCCAAGGAGUCCAGCGAGUACUGCAGCCUGGAGCUGCAUGGCGGCAGAGCCAGCACAGGGAACACCUCCAACUCAUCUUCCGCUUCUUCCUCGUCAUCAUCCUUGUCCAAUCAAAAUUCCCCACAGCAGACAAUGCUGGACGGGGCAGAUACCACCGGGAUCCACCUCUUGCAUACACACUCUCUCACGCAUCCGCUGCUGAAACGCACACAUGCACUCCUGGAUCAUCUGUCUGAUGACUGCUCCAUAACAGACCUUGAGCGCAUAACUCAGAGUAUUCUCAAGUCUCACUUGGAGACGUGUCAGCACAGCGCUGAGGACAUGAAGAGAUUCACCUGGGCACAAUACACACCUGAGGAAACGCGUGCUUUUCAAAACAAGGCAGCUGAGUGGAUGUGGCAGCAGUGUGCACACCACAUCACCAAUGCCAUUCAGUAUGUGGUCGAGUUUGCCAAACGCAUUGCUGGCUUCAUGGACCUGUGCCAGAAUGAUCAGAUUAUAUUACUGAAAGCAGGCUGUCUCGAGGUCCUACUGAUACGCAUGUGCCGAGCUUUCAACGUCAACAACAGCACCAUUUUCUUCAAUGGAAAGUUUGCCCUGGCUCAAUUCUUCAAAGCACUCGGUUGUGAUGACCUGGUCAGUGCAGUGUUCGACCUGGGGAAAGGACUCUGCCGCCUACAGCUGUCUGAUGAAGAGAUGGCCCUGUUUAGCGCUGCUGUUCUUCUUUCUCCAGAUCGGCACUGGCUAACUGAAGGCCAAAAGAUAAAAAACCUCCAGGAGAAGGUCUACCUUGCUCUGCAGCACAGUCUACACAAGAGUGGAGCUUCUGAUGAGAAACUGGACAAGUUGGUGUCCAAGCUGCCCAUGAUGAAGUCUAUCUGUAACCUCCACAUAGAUAAACUUGAGUUUUUCCGUUUGGUCCACCCAGAGACCGCCUACAGUUUCCCACCACUGUACCGAGAAGUGUUUGGCAGCGAGAUGUCUCUGCCGGACUCCACCAACAGCUAGACGGACAGAUAGACAGAUGGAGAGUGUAUUAAAAAAGUAGGGAAGCAAAAAGGAAAGACAGAAAAGGAUAAGAUGUUGAAGCUCAAAAACCAGCAGUUAAGAGACAAUCCAAGACUUUAAGUACUCCGUCUCCCAUGAUCCCAAAGAAGUCCUCCACUUUCCCAGCAGGCCAAGCACCUUACACUACAGACCACACAAGCUCAUGGUCCUCUGCAUAUUGUAGCAUUAACAACAAGCGGCUGGGCAUCGUAAUAAUAACAGCCCACUAGACGUGAGACACUUGUUUAACAUCAGAUCCACUGUGGAUCACCCAACCAGUUAUGAAUGUCGAUGAGCACCAGUGCACAAGCCAGAACCCAACAACAGUGAAUGUACAAACCUGCCACUCUCAGACAGAGUUUUACACAAAGUAUUAGAAUGAAGUCAAGUUGAUCCACAGGUCUCACUAUUAAUACAGCUCUAAGUCAAUAUUUCUUUCUAUAUUAAUACAUCUCAGUAUGGUACGCCUGCGUAUUCAUACAGACAAUAUCCUUGUACUGACCAUCACUUAGGGACCAAGAUCUUGAGUCAUUUUCUCUGAUAUGAAACACACACAUGACUCUCGGUUUAGGCCGACCUCUUUAAUCAGCUGAGAACCAGUUUCACACACAGUUAGACGGUGUUCGGUGCUGCCUAUUUGUAGGCUCUUGUAAUGCAAUGAGUACCUCAGUCCCACACACCCCUUUCCUUGUAAAUGCCACUUAGAGACAGGACAAGAUGAAAUUAUCUUUAAUUUAUAUACACAUUUAUAAACAAAUAUUUUAAAUAAGAAUGUAAAUAGAUGACUAUAUAAGUAUAUGGAGAGAGUUUGUAUGUGUGAGUUCAGAGAGGAAAGAGAAGUGCGUCGUAGGAUAUAGAGAAAAUAUUUCAGGAAAGCUGAUAUUUGGACUCAAAUUGUUUUCUGGACUACCCUCUUGGCAUUUCUCUCAGGUUUCCAUGGCAACAAUCCCCUCUUGCACUGACGGGCAAAACCCAGCUAGGUUAGGGGAGUUCAUCACGCAAGCGACAGGAUGGACACUUGUUGCAGAUGUGACACAGCAGGGGGGGGCAGUCUACCCAAGCAAAGACGAAAAAAACAUUGCAUUUAAAUGACUUUUCAGUCUGCGCUGUUGCGCCCUGCCUAAAGAGACAAGACACAAGGACACUAAGGAGAAGAGAAAGCAAGGCAAAAGAUGACUUCAUGAACUAUAUAAUAAAUGGGAUACACAGGGUCUCCCCCACCUGUUUCUAACCAGCAGUCAGUACAGUCGGUGUUGUGUAAAUAUCUUUCACUGACAAUGUUUCAGUUGGGGAAAGGCCGGAACGAAAAUGAUCCAUAAUGUGUAUCAUAAACCCUCCUUGCUGGUUGAAAAAACUGUAUCAUUUUGUACAUUUGCUGUUCCUCUCUCCGUUCAUCCCUAUCCCAACACUUGUCCAAACACCAAGCACUUAUACUUUCCUCUUCCUCACUGGACACUAGUCUAAGGGCAGACGGAGCUCCCAGCUGCCCCCGAGUUGAGCAUCAAUUAAAUUAAAUCUGUUUUUAUUAUUUUAGUUUUCGAUUCUAUAACCAACACACAAGGUCACCCAUAACUGUUUACAUUUUUCAUGUACAUACAUAACACACUCUGAUAAUAAUGUCUUACUCGGGGUGCUGUGAAGUUUGUGAAAAGAGUCUGAGGACCUUCUGCCUACCGCUCAGGGAGAUGGCUCUGGUCUUUUGUCCCUUUUUAUUACCAGUGUCGACCUUUAGCCUUGUGCUCCUCACAACUUUUCACCUAAGAUAAGAUCUAUAACCAUAAUCACUGUGGACGUAAGUUCUAUUUUUGUGAAUGUCACUCACAAAGUGUCAACGCCCUUCCCAUUUGUCCUAAUAUUGUGAGAUCAAAUUUACAAGACAUAGGAAAUAAAAUUAAAAAUCAGUUAGCAAGAUGAAUUCAUUUUUGUUUCUUCUUGCUCUGAUUUUCAUUUAUUUGUCAGUCUUUUAUCCACCUUUUUCUUUGUCUCCACUUUUGUCUUGUAAAGUCUGUGAUCUAUUUUUUUUUUUUAUUGAGGAAAGACUAGGUACAAACAACAAAUAAUAGUUUGUCUCCCUUCUCUUUCCCUGUAUGACAAAAUGUACAAGAGGUAUAUUACUAGUCCAAAAGUAACUGAGUUACACAGCUCUAUAUAUAUUGUUGUCCAAUGGGAUACAUUAUAUGUGGUUUUAAGAAUGUAAUAAAUGGUUUCUUUUUCUUUUGAA